GAUUGGGUUUGAUGUAACUACAUCCGGUCCAACCAGACUUCAAUGUGACGCCCAUUUCAGUCUGUACACGUGCAUUUGUAGCUAGCUAGUACUUUUAAUGCUGUCUGUCUUUGGUUGUCAUUUUAACAGCAAAUGUUGCAAUUUUAUUUUGAUCAUCAUAAGUAAAGUUAUUUAUUCACCAUUGGUUAAGGUAUCAGAAAGAUGACCUGCAACAUCUCACUCAUACUUUCUGUUUGAAGAGGGACUUUACAUUAGCUAGUGGCUAUUUAUUGUUAGCAGAUUCGUGGUUGUCGAUUUUUUUUUUGUUCGAGAAAUGGCAAGUCUUGCUUCAAAGGACUCAUACCUUCAGAAAUUGGCGAGUAAAGUAUGUGCUCAACAGCAAGAACCAAGGAAUAGGCCAUUUGUCCCUUUUCAAGGUGGACGUGUGGCUGGCCCUCCAAAGAAGAGGAACAAAACCAAUCACAAACAGAUAAGUGUAAACAGCAAUGUAGCGAAACACCAGAAGUUACCUUUGAAGCCAAACAAGAAGCUUGCCAUCACCCCAGCACAGAGAGCACCUGGUGUAGUAGAACAGAAGAUCUCAAAAGCUACAGUUCCAAAUGGGGUGGUGGUUGAGACUAAACAGAAGCCCAAAGGUGGAAAGCCAGGUACUAAAUUCUCCACGGUAGAUAUUCUACGGCAGAGACUUCAUGAGAAGAUUGAGGAGUCUCGUGGCCAGGGAACCCCUAAGGACCCAUCCUCUGAGGAGGUGCAGAAGAAGCGAGAGAAGAGAAAGCAGGAGAGGGAGCGCAAGAAGAGGAAGCGUAAAGAGUUCCUCAUUAAGAAGCUCGCUGAGAAAGCUGGCUUAGAGUAUGAGCCUGAGAUCAAAAGGGAAGAGGCCCCUCCUCCCACCGCACCAGCUGCGGGCAAGCGGGACGAGACAGCCAUCGUCUUCAACAAGGUGGAGCUGGGCGAUGGUGGGUUCUUGGACAAAGAGCAGAAGAAGAAGGAGAAGAAGAACCGGAUAAAAGGCGGCCUGACACCGCUGGUAGGCAAGAACUACAAGCAGUUGCUGGGGCGCGUGGAGGCUCGCAAGGCUAAGCUGGAGGAGCUGCGGGAGAAGGAUGAGGGCAAGGCCAAGGUGCAGGAGGAGAAGAUGAAGUGGACCAAUGUGCUGUACAAGGCAGAGGGUCUGAAGAUCAAGGAUGAUGAGAACUUGCUGAGAGCCUCGCUCAAGAGGAAAGAGAAGAUGCGCUCGCAGCGGAAGAAGAAGUGGACGGAGCGCAGCGAGACGGUGGUGGAGAAGAUGCAAAGGCGACAGGACAAGAGACGCAGGAACAUCCAGAAGAACAACAAGGGCAAAGUGGAGAAGAAAAAGGACCGGGCCAGGAAGAGGGGCCGCGUGCUGCCUGAAGACCUGAAGAAGGCUCAGGUGUAGGUGGAUGGGGAGGAGGGUCAAGCUGAGGGUUGUGGAAAAUGGCUGGAUUAAUUGAUGAACAUGUCUUUUUGAUUGAGCUCUACUGCUUUUUUGUGGUAUGGUGCUUUGUCCAGUGUCCACAUAAUAUUCACAAUGCUUUGGACUUAUGUUAAAAGCCACUGGACAGAGCAAAGACCCAAUACAGGGUUCCUCAAGGUUUGAAUAACCCGAGCUCUUUGUCAAAUCAAUGCUUGCUUUUUUACUUUUUAUUCUGUUGGUCGCAAUGUUUGACACAUGCCAUGGAUGUCCUGUAUUGAAAGUGUAAGCUUCAGUUUAAAAUACUUAACUUCAUCUGAUUUCUCUAUAUUGAAUGUCAAUGUUUUGCUAAAUGUAAUUGAACUUAAGAAAUAUGCCCAUAUUAACUA